UUACUCAUCUAAUCAAACUGGUGUCAACAGCCACUCGGACUUCUCCGACAACGAUUCAGACUGGCAAACAGUCCCACCGGCCUCAAAACGUCUGAGAUCACCAAACAGCAUUUCUCCCACCGCAAAAAAACCAGACAAUAAUAUUUUUAUCUCAGCUAACCGUUUUUCUCCAAUUGCUCCUCUUAAUGAGCCCCAACCUAUGGAAACUACACUUACAAAUCCAAAUAUCAAUGCAAAUAAAACUUCAAAACCCCCUCCUAUAUUUAUUCAAGAACAAAUAAACUAUAACAAUUUUUGUCAAAAAAUUAAACAAUUAACUGAUGAAUCUGGAUUUGAUUGCAAAAGCUCUGCCAAAGGUAUUAAACUCCAAACAUAUUGCCCUGACUCCUAUCGAUCAGUCGUCGCUUACCUCAAGAAUAAUAACGUCUCAUUUCACUCAUUCCAACCAAAAGAGGAAAAAGCAUAUCGUGUCGUAAUUAGAAACCUACAGCAUUCAAUCGACUCCUCUUUUAUUAAACAAGACUAUUAAAUAAAGGAUUUAUCACUCGAAACAUAAUACCUGUAACCAACAAGAUUACCGAUUCCCCCCUUCCGAUCUUCUUUUUUGAUUUAGAACCGAGCUCAACAAACUCCGAUAUUUUCAAACUAACUACAUUUUGUUUUACUAAAAUCAAAGUUGAAACUCCUCAUCCUAAAAAAGAAAUCCCGCAAUGUCACCGUUGCCAGAACUACGGCCAUACUCGCAGUUAUUGUAACCACUCUCCUCGGUGUGUCCGCUGCGGUGAGUUACACGAGUCAACUGCAUGCACCAAAGAACGCAGUUCUCCAGCCAAAUGCGCUUUAUGCAGUGGUAAUCCGGCCAACUUUAGGGGUUGUCAAUCUCACCUGGAUCUUAAAAAAAAAUUAUUAGAGAACCCUUUAAAAAAAAUCUCGAAUAAAAGCUCUCUUCCACGUCAACCAACUCACGGGACUACCUACAAACCUUCACACCAAGCUUACUCACAACAUUUUCCCCCAUUAAACCAAGAUUCUUCUUCUCGUACUUAAGACACAAACUCCAACCAAAACCAAAACAUGUCCGUUAAACUCUCAUCAUUUAUCAACGAAUUUAAAGCAUUAAUAAAUCCUCUUAUUUCACUUCUUACUACAGUCAUUGAUAAACUUAAAAAUAAUGCCAAAAAAUAACUUGCAACCACUCUCUAUAUUUCUAUGGAACGCUAACAGCAUAUUACAACAUUUAAAUGAAUUACAACUUGUUCUAAAUGAAAAAAAAGUUAGUAUAGUACUUAUUUCGGAAACUCACCUAACUAUAACCUCUGCACUUAAGAUUUUUGGUUACGAUAUUAUUAGAGCUGACCACCCAGAUGGUACCACACAUGGAGGUACCGCUCUGCUCAUUUCUAAUAAAAUUGAUCAUAUCCCCCUUCCAUCAUAUCUGUCUACAAAUAUUCAAGCAGCAAGCAUAUCGAUAAAAAUAAACUCUCAAACUAUCUUCAUCUCUUCAUGCUAUUUUCCCCCAGGAAGAUCUUUUCCUUCAGCCGAACUGGGUUUUCUCUCUCAAACUUUAAGCUUCACACAUAUUAUCGGUACUGACUUCAACGCUAAAUACCUAACUUGGAGCCACUACACCAACACCAGGAGCCGAGCUCUUCAAAAUUUCAUCUUGCUCAAUCACCUCAAGAUAACAGCAUCUCUCUUUCUGACGUACUGGCCAUCACACAGCAACUGCCACCCAGACAACCACGACUUUCUUAUCACCUAUCUUCCUAACCAUUUUUCCACCGAAAUUAUAAAUAUAAAUAAUUCAGCUUCUGAUCACACGCCUGUCUUGCUUCUCAUUGGAGCCCAACCCUCUUUGAAGAAAAAUAGACCUACCAUUUCUCCGAGCAUUACCAAUUGGAACAAAUUCAAAAUUACUAUCUCAAACAAAAUAAUUCUUAAUACCAAAUUAAAAACAUCUUCUGAUGUCAAUCAAGCAAUUACUAAAUUCUCUGAUGACAUUAAUAAAUCAGCCAUGAACUCAUCUACUCAGAGUCUUCCCUAUUCUCAAUCACCCAAUCUCUCUCCGAAAUUAAGACAACUUAUUGCUGAAAAACGCAGACGAACGCAACGAACGCACUACCCGAUGGACAAGUCAAACUAUAGUUACCUUUCUAAAAAACUUAAAUCUCUACUCAAUAUUCAUAAAUCCAAUCUGUAUAAUAAUCACAUACAAAACCUUUCCUUUAAAAACGGAUCUCUGUGGCGCAAAACAAAGUCAAUUUUAUGGUUUAAGGACUCCCCUCCUCCUUUACGCCAACCCAGAUAACACACUUGCUACCACAGACAGGGAAAAAGCAGAUAUUCUAGCUCAAGAACUAUUAGGAGUAUUCAAACCACAUCUCAUUUCCAUACUUGAAUCACAUAUGUCGACAGUCAUGGAGUCACUUCAGUCAACUUUACCUAUGUCUCUUUCUGCAAGACCAACAUCUCCAGCGGAGAUAGAGAGUAUUACCAAAAAAUUGGCAAACAACAAAUCCCCCGGUCAUGACUUGAUCUCCAACAAAGCCGUCGAAAAUCUCCCUACGAAAGCGAUCAUUCAUCUAACACAUAUUUAUAACGCUGCUCUUCGUUUAUUGUAUUUUCCUACUACCUGGAAAUCUUGUGUCAUUGUCAUAUUCCUCAAACCUGGCAAGCCUCCUGAAAAUUCCUCCUCUUAUAGGCUUAUUAGCCUAUUACCGGUAUUGGGAAAAAUUAUUGAAAAAAUUAUUCUCAAGCGCAUCACCACUUUAGCACAAGCAAAUAACAGUAUCCCAAACUUCCAGUCUGGCUUCCGUUCCCACCUUGUCACAACUCAUCAACUUCAUUGGGUUGCGGAUAUCAUAUCAAAAGCACUUGAAACCAAACAAUACUGCGCCGGAGUCUUUUUAGAUAUUGCUAAAGCGUUUGACACCGUUUGGCACGAAGGUCUUCUUUUUAAACUCAAACAUAUUUUUCCGGCCCCCUUAUACUGAAAUCCUAUCUAAAAAACCGUUCAUUUUUCGUUCGUCACAACCUGCAACACUCAAAUCAAUAUCCUAUCUUUGCUGGUGUCCCUCAAGGAAGCGACAUCGCUCCUUUCUUAUAUAACAUAUAUACGUACGACCUGCCUACCUCUGAAAAUACCAUAGUCGGAACAUAUGCUGAUGAUAUCGCCUUACUAUCAGCUUCUUCCGACUGCACGAUCGUGUCUCAACAGCUGCAAACUCACCUAAAUACACUUUCUGAAUGGUUUACCAACUGGAAAAUAAAAAACAAUGAAUCGAAAUCCUCCUUUGUUACUUUCUCGCUCAGACCCCAUAACUGCCCAGCUGUAUCUAUCAACAACACCAUCAUUCCUCACUCGAAUGAAGUCGAAUAUCUUGGUCUUACUUUUGACAGGCGCCUAACCUGGUCUCCUCAUCUUAAAGACAAGCGUAAGAAACUUAAUUCCAGACUAUAUCUGUUAGGCCCCUCCUUCGUUCCAACCUAACUAUACCCAUCAAAAUCAUUCCAUAUAUAACUCUUCUUCGACCUAUAUGGACAUCGUUAUAUGGGGCUCUAUUAAGACCUCAAAUAAAAGAACUAUACAAUCAUUUCAAAUAUCUGUCAACGAUUGAUCAUUGGUGCACCCGGGUUCGUUUCAAAUGCGACCUUAACAGUUAAGUAGUUAUAGAAAAUCAAUACAAAUUAUUGCCUGGUUAAAUAUUUAUUAUUUACACUCGUCUACCGUCCAUUUUGCUGUUUUUCAAACUAUAAAACAUGUCCUGGAAUAUUACAAACUAAAUAUAUUUAUUAUUAAAAAAAACAAUACCUUCAACUAGUGGUUCUAAAGAAAACAAAAUGUAUAAACCAUAAAUAUUAUUCAAAUUAAUGCUAUUAAAAUAAUCUAUUAUUUUAGUAUACAUACAUUAGUGUACAUAAUAAAAUCUUAGUUAAUUAAUAAAAUAGUAUUUGUUAUAAAACAAAAUCCAUGCAAUAUUCAUAUCUGUAAAAUGAUUAUGUUGGUUACAGAAAACAGUUUUGUUAUGUGAGAAAAUUCCAUUUCUUUAAGCUCCUGAAUAUUAUAGAUAAAAUAUCACAGUUUUGUCAUUGUAAUCCGAAANGCUGAUGACAAUGUAGCUACUUUCUUACUACAUAGGUUUUUUAUGAGAACUAUUUGAAAUAUUAAAAAAAUAACUUACGUCCUGGUUCUGGUGGUGCUGGAAUAUGGAUAUUAAAAUAAUACAAGGACUAUUAAUGUUUUGUAAUAUUAUAAAUUAAAUUGAUAUAAUUCACUUCUAUUAAUUAAAAUAUGUAUUACAAAAAUCGUUCACUAUUUUUUAAUAUAAAUUUUGUAUACAAACACAAUGGACGCCACUUACUUCCAAUUACUGUUAUAGAUAAUUUAGAUAAAUUAAUGUAUACUUGUAAGCAACAAUAAACCAUUGCUUACAAAAAUUGAUUCUGAGCGGAGUUUAUUUGAUAGUGAUGCUUUGUUAACAAUUCAUGUAAUAUUAUAUUAAAAUAAUAAAAUUAGCUUUAUAUAUUCUUUUAAAUAAUAUUUGUUUAAUAUUGUUUAGCCGAGAUGCUUCUACUAAUGGGCGGUUAGCAUCAAUAACUACAUCGUCGGAGAAUAGACGAAUAUUUUAGGAUGUUUGGGGAUUAUGGGCUAGACGACCACACUUAUAAAUGACGUUGAAUAAGUGAUUUAACGGGGACGUGCGGCAAGGCCCGCACGUUAUUAAAUUUAAAUAUACAAAACAGAAAUAAGCUGGUAUAGAGUUGAUUAAAGUUAAAUCUGCGCGCAAUAUAUAUAUACAAAUGAAAAUAUUAAAAAAAGGAGAAUAAUAACAGUGUAAUCGGAAACUUGAUCACACAGGCGUACAUAAACAAAUGGUUUGCUAACCUUUAAAUUGGUACAAAAAAAUUUAUUAUACACGGCUAUCACGACUCACAACCAGACGUUAUCAUAGGCUGUCCAAUGUUGUUUAGCAAAUGAGCAGCGAUUGAGGCGACUUGACGGUGACAAAAGUCCCACGAGGUGGCGGUGCUUUGGCACCGAUCUCUGUUUGAGGUUAAGUGGACCUCGGAGGACAAUUGUCCCAUCAACCAGCGAUGAACGACGCACGGCCGCAAAAUCGCGUAUAGCGGAUACAAAUCGGCCGCAAGCGGAUGAUACUGCGCGAACGCGUGACGAAACAAAAUGUAGCGGAUAUAAACGAACUUGA